UAGGUAUAGGAUAUGACAAAAAAUUGGGUUAGGUAUAGAAAGUUAAUAAAUUUGUUGGUUAUUCGACGUUUAAUAUUGAAUACGGAAAUUUUAUUAAAAACUUGUAUAAAAGAUAAAAAUAGAAAAAGGUAUUAUAAAUAAAGACAUCAAUUUACAAACAAUUAAAUAUUACUCUUAAAAGAAGACAAUAAAACAAAGUAUUUGUAAAUAAAAACGAAUUAAAUUAUCGUCCAGUGCGAAAUGACCUGUAAAAGAAAACGUUUGUAGUAUCACGAUAAACUCGAAUUUUUUUCGUCGAAUGAUACUAAACAGGAUUUAGCUCGUAGGACAUGCUUUUUUUAUCGAGAACGACGUGCUAGUAAAACUCAAGGGUGGCUCGUGUUAAAGAGGAGAAAGGAAAGGAAAGAAGCGGUGAUAACGAGAGAGCUCAAGGUGGCACGGUACCGGGGUUAAAACUAGCAAGAGAGGCAUGGAGGAACCCCCCGCGGACUGCGCAGCUGUGAACCUCCCGCUAACUCUGCUCAGUAAUACGUGAAUUCGAGAUAUAUCGAGCUCAGCAGGACUCGUUGCCAUUUUGCAAACCCAUGCUCGUUGUUAGUCGAGCUGCUGUUACGACGAUUUCUCAGACUCUUCAAUUUUGCUCUUUCUUGGAUCUCAACUUAAAUAUUUCGUGUUUACUCGAUAUUAUUUACAAGCAAUUAUUUUAUCAAAACUAUAUUGAUGCUAUUAAUCAAGUUCAAAGUCCUUUUUCAUUAUUUUAAUAUUAGAUGAAAAUAAUGAAAAUUUAUUUUUACAAUGAUUACAAAUAAUAUUGUGAUAGUUAGGACAGCUUAAUUUAUUAUACUUUAUUGACUUCACUCUUUGAUUUACAUCGUCUAUUUUAGAAUAAAGUUUUAUCGAUGAUUUAAAGGUUAAAAAUUAAUAAUAUAACAAUUUUAAUGAGUUAAUGUUAUCGAUUGUCGUCGUCGUAAUGAGAUUUCAAGUGAAGUUUAAAAGGAUUUUUCUUCGAUCAUUAAUUCCGACUAAAUGAUAAUCUAGAAUUGGCUUAACGCAUCAUCGUCCAAGUAUUCGUUGAUCGAAGGAAACAGAACGAGGGUAAAUGUGACAUGGUCGAGUUACGGGACCUAGGAAAAGCAAAUGGGGCUGUGUAUUGUGUCUCCCGUCAUCCUCAGUCGAGGCUUUCCUUACCCCAAAUGCUAAUUAUAUGUCAAGCAUUCACACGACAUAUCACGAAAGACCGAUUGUCGGAGAUGGAACAAUGGCGAGGGCAAGGCUAAUAGGGCCGAUCAAGAAACGAGGACAAUGUCGGCCAUCCUGAACGUCUCUUUUGGAUUGGCUGUGAUCGACGUGUACUUAUAUCUUUAGAAAUCGACUGUGAAAGAUAAGAAAAGCAAAAUGAAAAACUCGAAUCUUACAUGAUAGCUCAGAAAAAGAAAAAGGAAAAUAUUUUACAUAGAUAUUUUACGAGUGUCAAUGUUUGGAUUCCCAAAGAUGUUGGCUGGAAAGAAAUUUUUGAAGUUUCAUGUAUAAUUUGAAAUAAUACGAAUACCUACUUACAAACGUCGAAUUUUAGAGUUUCGGAAAGGCCGAUCGUAGACGGCACGAAAAAGUUAAACAACCUACGAAGGUACUAUUCUCUGAUGUGGCUUAUUUUCCUUAUCGCCACUUAAGGGAGAAGAGCGAUAGGCGUCCGAACGCAUGCCGAGGUACACACGUAAGAGGAAACCGUGAUUGAUGCACCCUGUACACGCAAAUCCUCUAACCAACUAUCCCUCUUCGCUUUCUCCUUUCAAAAUUUCGAAAAAGUAAUAGGUACUUCUGUUUGUCAUAUCUGUGUCGAAUAGUUCGUCGUCAGUAAUUUAUAAAUGUAGUUAUAUUUCCCACAUAGCGUACAUGGACUUUUUGAUUUUUAAUUAAAUUUUUCUAAAGACAAAUUACAGUUUCUCUUUAAACGUUCGAAACAUCGAAAUUCGUUUCUUUAGCAUCGUUAGGAUCAUACAAUCGAUUAUUGUGCAAACGAAUUUGUGUUAACUCGUUGGUGGUAAAGAUUUCAAUAAGGUUUCAUUUACGGUCUAAACUUUCUCUCUCUCUCUCUCUCUCUCUCUCUCUCUCUCUCUCUCUCUCUCUAUCUAUCUAUCUAUCUAUCUAUCUAUCUAUCUAUCUAUCUAUCUAUCUAUCUAUCUAUUUAUCUAUCUAUCUUUCUCUCAUUCUCUCUCUUUCCGUGCUUUCAAUUAUUCUCGAUUCCGAUCGGAAAUAAAUGGACUAAGAGAAUGGAGUAUUGGGCGAGGAUAAGGAACGGGGAAAGGUAAUUAGCGAGUCGGCAACGCGACGAGUAAAUUUGCAAAGCCAUUUCAAGUUCCUUCGAGCUCCUUCGAUUUUCUUUAAGUUCCAAGCUAUCCGCUCCAAUUUUCCUUAAUAAUCUAUUGAAAUUGAUUUGAUUCUUAACACGGUGAUUUGUAACCAAAUCUCGGUAAACUUUGUACAUUUAAUGCCAAUCAUAAAAUAUACGCUAAAAUAGACAUUUCGUAUUUGGUUUCAUUUAUUUAUUUUUUUUUUUAAUGGAGAUGCCUACCUAAUAUCGUUUUCUAUCAUCCUAUUUGCGAUAUAUCCCAAAUGAAUUUUUAAUUCGUUUUAAGAACGAUUAAAUCAAGCAGAAUUACGAGGAUCACAUUUUCUAUAGGUGAAUUUCAUAUCAAAUAUUACGGUAUAUACAAAUUAUUUUCGAAUAUAUCUAUCCAUAACUGAGAAUAAUUCAAUAUAAGAAUAGUAAUAGAUCCAAAUUCCUAUAGAUAUUUACAUUUUUUAUAAAAUAUUACAAAUCGUUGUAAUUAUUUCCGAACAUAUUACUAAAAAUAUGGUAAUAGUUCAAUUAUAAAUAGACAAAUAGUUCAAUUAAAAAACUAAAAUAAAUACAAAAGAAAUACUUAAAAAUGUUUAGUUUGGGAAACGGAUAAAGUCGGUCGCGUGGAUCGCACGAUCGAAUCGGCUCGAAUUAAGAAAACAAAAUGGUCCCUGCUCGAGCGUCGGCCAUGCUUUCGCUGAGAUUGAAAUAAAUUGGUAGAAUUGCUGGGUGGCUGCGUACCGCGAGAACGGGGAGCGAUACUGAUUACGUUGGCCGUUCGUUAAGCACUGUAACAAUGCCAGCCCCCACCAUGUCUCUUGUAGCUACCACUCCCCCCUCACUCCCCUCUCCUAUCCACUCCUCCUCGCGCGUUCGCGCGACCGAUACCUACGUUAGCCAAUCGUCUAUCGUUUUACCCCACCACUGCCAACCUUGUGCGGCAUUGCCCUGUGCUUUUUGCUCUUCUCUCUUCCUCUCUUUCUCGCUCUUUCACUAUUUCUUUCUCUCUCACGAAAAGAAGAGGACAACGACCACAGACGGAAACCGAAUAACUAUACCUAUAGAGGGUAGCUUACGGCCAGACGAACAUGUUAAAAGUUUAUACAGAAAUUUUAUUGAAACCGGUGGAAAAGAUAAUUUACACAUAUUUCUUGAUUUAAAUAACAACGAGAAGAUUUUCAAAGUAGGAACAUAUAGUAUUCCAGCAAAUAAAUAUUCAAACGUAAAGACAGGAAAAUGUUAUAAUGUAAGUACAACAGUGUCUACAUUUUCGAAAGAAAAAAAAACUAAACAAAAGAGAGAGAGCGAUUAAAAGAGACAUUAAAAAAGACAGAGUAGAAAUAUAAUAGAAGUAUAAUAGAAAUAAAUGAUAGACGGGAAAGAUGUAUGUUUAUAAAUCUAGUUCAUUUUCGAAUUAGAAAUAUUUUUGGUAACUAUUGAAAAAUAUUGAAUCAGAAGAAUAUUCUCGAAAAAAGUUUUCUCGAGGAUGGAGGAAGGGGAAGAAAAAAAGGAGACAUGUGUCGAACUUUUAUCCGUUGCAAAAAAGGGGAUGGAGUGUGGAAUAAUCGUGGCCUUUGUCAGUGGUAAAUUUUGGACAGUGGUGGUUCGCCGUUCCAUGGCGGCCAAUGCUGUGUUCCCUCUCUCUCUCUCUCUCUCUCUCUCUUUCUCUCUUGCUCUCUCUCUCUCUUUUUCUCUCUUUGACUAUAGGUCAUAGGGGCGUUUCGGGGGUGCGAGGUAGUCGUUUUCCCUCCUCAAAUCUCUCUCCUCUCUCACAACGGCCUCGCUUUUCCACUUAUCGACCCCCACGGUUAUUAGGGCUGCCUUUGCCUCCAGGGACAAUCGAAGACAUAUCAUGCAACCAUUCUCGACGGGCAACACAAUGGCGACGGAGACACCGACCAGUCUGCCACCGGAGAAGGUGAGCUCGCCACCACCCUCUCGGAAUUUGACCUUCUCUAUAGCGAAGAUCAUGGAACCGGACAAACGUCUGACCGAGCAAGCGAACGUAGCUCAAACGGUCCAAGCAGCGGUCGUACCGCCGCCAUCGACAACGACGGCGACACCUACAACAACUCCACCUGGUAUACUUCAUCAAGCAUCACAUAUCCCGGCGCUUACUCAGCGUUAUUCGGCCCAUCUAGAAUCGGCCUUCAAGAAAUACGUGCCAACGUUGAGGCAUCAAAAUCUUUAUCCCCUUCUCUACUAUCAUCCGAGUCCAUUGUUAAGGGCCUUUCCAGGUUCACCAGCGACAACUCCGAGCGUUCCACAAACCUCGCCACCACCCAGUUCUGUUCAAGACACUUCUAUUUCCUCGAGACUAAGUCUGAUGACGAUCUCGCCAGAAAGUCAACGUGGAAAGAAAAGUCCGGCACCGCGAAACGAGCUAAACGGUACGAACAAGCAAAAGACUUUCACAUGUUCCGAGUGCGGUAAAGUUUUCAAUGCGCAUUACAAUCUUACCCGGCACAUGCCCGUACACACAGGAGCUCGGCCAUUCGUAUGCAAGAUAUGCGGUAAAGGAUUUCGUCAAGCGAGUACUCUUUGCAGGCACAAGAUCAUACAUACCGCUGAAAAACCGCACAAGUGUCAGACGUGCGGUAAAGCGUUUAACAGGAGUUCCACGUUGAAUACUCAUACCCGUAUACACGCUAAUUACAAGCCGUUUAUAUGCGAGUUCUGCGGCAAAGGAUUCCAUCAGAAAGGAAAUUACAAGAAUCACAAGUUGACGCAUAGCGACGAGAAGGCAUAUAAAUGUACCGUAUGCAACAAGGCAUUCCAUCAGAUCUAUAAUCUUACUUUUCAUAUGCAUACGCAUAAUGAUAAAAAACCUUUCUCAUGUAAGAUAUGUGGCAAGGGCUUUUGCAGGAAUUUCGAUUUGAAGAAACACAUGAGGAAACUUCACGAUACUGGUUUACCCGUUCUUGCUGGACUUGGUACUUCGAGUCAAAGUCAUAAUCAACAACCAGGAUACGCGUCGAUGCAUCAGCCACCCGAUGGACGUCCCUUCGUCAGUCCAUUCCUUCUUCCACCUCCAAAUUCGACCAGUUAUCUCACUAAGAUGUUGUGACAUAGUGAAAACAUUCCUUAUCCGAGGAAAACUCAAUGCCCAUUGAUGUUGGCUCCUCCCUGUUACGCCGGAGACAUCGCUCAAUUGGCCCAACCUUCGAAGUGAAAACGAAUCCAACGACAGCAACGUGUGACUCUGACUGAAAUAACCAAACAUAAAGCUUUCUUCGACGAUAUUUGUUCUAAUAUAUUUCGUUCUGAUAAUAAUAUUUCAUUAAGAUCAUUCAAAAAGAAAAAAAAGAAAAAAGGAACAAAAAAAAAGAAAAAAAAAUGUUUUCCCGUUUUAUCGAAUUCAUCGAAGACUUACGGAAUGAAAUGUCAUCGAAAUCCUGAUUACCGAAGGAUGCCUAUUGCUCUCGAAAUUCUUAUCAAAGACGAAUUAUGUCCCUAACGUAUCAUACACACUCUGUUGAACCUACUCAAGUUCAGGAGUCCAAUGGGAACGGCUACACCUGUUUCGGCUAAUACAUCUUUGUAAUUCCCGCGAGAAAAGAAAUCCAAAACGUUUAUCGUUAGUGACGGAUUUCGACCGAGCGUUAGCCCUCGAAAAUUAUCCUCUCAUCGUCUUUGCUUGGUGAAUAACAUUUCACGUAUUGUUCACCUAACGUUGCACAUGAUGAUAUCAUCAUUCGAGUUUAUUCAAGAUUAGAGAAACAUUGCUGAGAAAGAGAUCAGUGUUGCGUACGUAAACGAUUAAUCAAAGGUGUAUGGACUUUUUCUAUAUACAACAGGCAAAGAUCGAGCGUUACGUGCGUUCGUACUGAUAUAUCGAGCAAAUCAAUGAAUGAUCGAUUCGAUCGGUACGCUUCUUAUCGAUGACUACUCAUACGUGUAAAUAUUUGUAAAUAUUUAUAUGUGCAAAGUAAAUACAUGGUAUGGUAUGCGUUAGAUGUACGUGCGUAUGUGAGUGAAUAAGUGAGUGAGAGAGAGAGAGAGAGAGAGAGAGAGAGAGAGAGAGAGAGAGAGAGAGACGUGAAAGUGAUCAUAAGUAUGGAAUUUGUAAUUAAAACGUAGAUAUCGUCGGUGAGACGAUUUUAAAGAGUCGUUUGAAACGAUUAAUUAAUUCGUAUGGAUCUCAAGAGAGGAUUAAACAAAGUAAACAAAGUUUCAAUGAGCAUAUGGAACAACUUAACCCAUUGAUCGCACAUAGGUAUUUAUCAUUUAGAGAACUGUAUAAAUCGGUGUGAUAGUAGUUUUAAGUCGAUCGUAGAUAGCAAAUGAAAUGUUGGUCCUUUAUUAUAUCGAUCGUUGUAAUCAUUACGUAGAAUUACGUCGCGAUCGUUACGGCCACUGUGAUUACACUAUUACAAUGGCUUUGCAAUAGAAUCAAGACGAGAGAGUAUUAUUAUGAUUACGACGAGAUCGUGUACCUAAUUCUCCUAUUUAUGCAUUUUUAUUUACGUCUUCCGAUAUUACGUAUAUAUACAUACAUACAUACAUACAUAUAACAGCAAAACAAUGUUCUAUUCAAGAUCAAACAAGUAUACUUCGUCUAAUUGGUUUUUCCUCCCCCUUUAUCUCUGUUUUCUAUUAAUUUGAUCAUCAAGAUUGCGUCGAAAUUAGCAAAGAAGAUCACGAAAGUGAAUGGAUGUACGCGUUUAUACCUUACGAAUUAGAUAAAUAUCGCAGAUUUAUCAAGUAUGAUGAUGAUGAGAAAGAAGAAGAAGAAGAAAAAGAAGAAGAAGAAGAAGAAAGAAAUUUAAAACCAAAAAAGAAGUAAUAUAUGUAGAUAAUCGAUAGAAUGUAGAUGAAAAUGCAUAUGUAUGUGUUCCCUAUUGUAAAUAUGAAUCUAUCCAAUGCAAUAAAUUUUAAUGAUAUCGA